AUGGAACAUUUCAAGAUUGUCAUGGACGACAAGUCUACCAAAGUUGGUGGUCAACAGCGCUUGACAACACCAGAUGGUUUUGUCUUACCACUUGACAUCAGCAAUGGCCUCCCAUAUCUGCGAAUGCGCCCACCAACAGAUCGUGAGCUGAGUAAUCCCAACAUCCCACAUGUCGUACUCACCUACGACACUGAUUGGAAUUCAUGCGUACUGGAUCAUUUGGUCAACGAUAUGGAAAAAUGGGCAAACUCCGUUCCCAACUGCAAUCCUGAGGACGAACAACGCCUGUUUGAUCUUGUAGGAGUUCUUAAGAAUAAUAACGCUGUUACUUCUUUUAAGGAUUCUAAACUAGAUGAAACUACUGAUUUCUUUGAGAACUUCAAUUGUGUUCUUCCAACUGAUGAACUGUACAAACAGCACCAUUGA